GCCGCUUCCUCCAGUGGGCGGAGUAGCGGGCUCUGCCUGGCCGCACAGCGCUGCGCUCUCUGCCGCGCAGUUGCCGUGAUCUCUUCACUCAUGCGGACCCAGCUGAAGCUCGUGGACUAGCCGGAGGUGAAGUGGACUGAGUCAGACUGCAGUGGGCUGAGGCCGGUUGAACAUGGCUGCGAAGGAAGACCUCUACAGCAAAAUCCUCCCUCGGAGGCUCCGGCAGAACCGAGCGGGCUCGAUGAAAUGCAGCUCCAGCCUGGACGUGCUGCUGUCCAUGGGCUUCCCCAAGCCAAGGGCACUCAAAGCUCUGGUGUCGACUGGAGGUCGGAGUGUCCAAGCAGCAUGUGACUGGCUGUUUUCACACGUGGACGACCCGUUCUUGGACGACCCGCUGCCGAGAGAGUACGUCCUCUACCUGCGACCCAGCGGGCCCCUUCAGAACCAGCUUUCCCAUUUCUGGCAGCAGAGCCGGAUCACCUGUGGCAAGAACAAAGCCCACAACAUUUUCCCCCAUAUUACUCUCUGCCAGUUCUUCAUGGUGAGUUAUGCUGGAUUUAACUUUCAACAACAGUUGUAUUGCCUGCAGACCCAGUCGACCAUACACACAAUAUACAGACUUACACUGGGGAGACAGGUCGGGCGAGGCAGCAAAGAAAGGGAUCGACAGUACAAGCAACGUAAGGGCGGGGGACGCUGCGAGUCCUCGCGCCUCCAGCUGAGCCGCUGUCUCCAUGGGGGAGAAGUCCACGUGGAGCCUCACAAGAAGCAGCUGCACGUCACUCUGGCCUACAACUUCCCCAGCGACCACCUGCCCUCGCUGGAGAAACUGGCUAAGGGCAUUGAAGUGAAGCUGGGAUGUGAUUGGCUGGCUGUUCUGUUCUCCCGGGACAUUCGCUUUGCUAACCACGAGACCCUGAGGGUGAUGUACCCCUACGUGCCGCAGAACGACGACGAGCUGGAGCUGGUUCCCGGGGAUUUCGUCUUCAUGUCUCCCGUGGAUCAGAACAGCACCAGCGAGGGCUGGGUGUACGGGACCUCGCUCGCCACCGGGCUGUCCGGCCUGCUGCCUGAGAACUACGUGAGCCUGGCGGACGAAUCGGACACCUGGGUGUUUCAUGCCUCCCACUCCUUCUUCAGCUGUGAGGCCAGUGACAAGGCCAGUAAAGACAGAGGCCUGUUCGAUGGACUGCUGGACAGCCGCCGCCCCGACAGCACAAGUCCCGGGGACACGCCGUCCCUUAGUCUCAUCUGUCAUCCGAUGCAGGUCCUGCGCAUCAGCGGGGGUCACUCGCGCCAACCCAAGCGCACUCUUUUCGUGUGCCGCCACGGUGAGAGGAUGGAUGUGGUCUUUGGCAAACACUGGCUGUCCCUCUGCUCAGAUAGUAAAGGUCGAUACGUCCGCUCCAACCUGAACAUGCCUCCCAGCCUGCCUCUGUGGGGGGCACAGAGAGACUAUGACAUGGACGCUCCCAUUACUGUGUUUGGAUCCACCCAGGCCCGGCUCGUGGGUGAAGCCCUGUUAGAGAGCAACACCACCAUAGACUUUGUGUACUGCUCUCCCGCUCUGCGCUGCGUUCAGACUGCACAGAACAUCCUGAAAGGUUUACAGCAGGACAGCAAGCUGAAGGUGCGAGUGGAGCCGGGGCUUUUCGAAUGGACCAAGUGGGUGUGUGGGAGCUCGAUGCCUGCAUGGAUACCUCCCACCGACCUGGCUGCUGCACACUUCAGUGUUGACACAACUUACAGACCUCUGAUCCCCGUCAGCAAGCUCACUGUGUCCGAGUCCUACGAGAACUACAUGAGUCGCAGCUAUCAAGUAACCAAAGACAUCCUGUCGGACUGCAAAAACAGUGGAAACAACGUGCUGAUUGUAGCCCACGCUUCUUCCUUAGAGGCCUGCACGCGCCAGCUGCAGGGCCGCAGCCCACAGAGCGCCAAGGACUUCAUCCAAGUCGUCCGAAAGAUCCCUUACCUGGGCUUCUGCUCCUGCGAGGAGCAGGGGGACACGGGGGUGUGGCAGUUAGUGGACCCGCCCAUCCUCCCCCUCACACAUGGGCCGAACCACAGCUUUGACUGGAGGGAGACGCUCCUGCAAGAGUGACCGAGCAGACCCUCCUAACCUGAUGAUGCACACGCUCGGACUGCAGCGGCACCGCCCCCUACCCCACCGCCCCCCCACCCCACCCCUUCCUCCAAAUACUGGGACUUUCAGCCUGUCAGCAGAGAGCGCCUCGCAGCGUGCUGAGUGUUCGCUCAACAUUCAGCACGCUCAGGUAUCACCCCGUCUCAGGAAACGCAUCAGGAUCAACAGGCGGCGGUUCUCUCGCCAUGUUAAAAAUGACGUUUGAUUGAUUUGAUCUGUUGAGUUGUGACGUUGGCGCGCAGCAGCAUUCGGCUAUAGGUGUAAAUGUUUUUGCUCAAAGUGUGAACUCACAAUCAGUUUUAAACCGAUGUUUCUGUAGUUUACAUUUGGACAGGACUAAAGUUACAGCAGACGGACCACAGGCUCCUCCGUUUACGUCCAAAGAUUCACCUUUGAACGGGCGAAGGCGUCAGACGCUGUUUUAUUCUAACGUUACAAUAAACAUCGUUUGUACGCUUUAAACACAUGUAAACAUGAAGGAACACUUUGUGUUCUGCAGAGGAGUUUCUCAAAGUUUCAUGAGGCUGCGUUUGUAACCACGGAGCUCCGACCACAACAACAGCGUCGUAUUAUUGCAGGUUUCAUGGCGUCCCGUGUCCUGCCGCGUCACCAGCUGAGGGAGAACGUUUACGCCACAGCUCGUAGUCUUCGUCACACCCUCCCGAUGCCCCCGUGCAAUGCACCCCCCCACUGUCAUCUCCACAUGUAGCACUGAGGACAGCAGCGUCUCUGCAGCAGCGUCUCGACCUGCAGUACCGACAAUCACAGAGUAGCUUCCUGAUCCUGGUCCAGCAGCGGUUUGUUGCGACGCGCUCAGCGAUCAGAAACGUCUUCCACUUUUCUUUGUGUUUAUUUAUAAGCCUCUAUUGUUACAAGCAACAGUAAUAAACAGGAAUCAUUUCUAACAGCAUGCAAGAACUUAUCUCCGUAUCUCAGGUGUUGACUGCGUUUAAGACGCACACAGUGUGUGUUUGAAAACUGUUCCACUGAUUGACUGUGAUGUUGCCCCUGUCUGAGAUUAGACUGAUGUUCACACAUCUGCUCAACUAUCCCGCUGAGUUUGGGGGAUCCUCAUGCUGCCGAUGCAAACUGAGUUCCCACUGCAACGCUGGCGUCUUCAUGCGUACUAGCAAAGUAGUCUGCAGAGCAGCUUCCAUUGCUAACAUGAGAGUUCACAUAUAGCAUCGUGGUGUUCGUCACCGACGCCACAGGAAGAGCUCGACAGUUUGAGAAAAGGCUGCUCAUCAUUUUAAAGGGUCACUGUGUAGAAACGUGUGUGGAGAGUUCAGCCUGGACUCAACCAACGUUUAGAAGAACUGCUCCUCUAAAGAAGCCGUUUGGCACAGCUGGGAAGUGUAGUCCAUCUGCAGGCUGCCAUGUCUGCUACAGACAGCAGAGCUCCACUCGGUCACAUCACAGAUAAAAGCAGCUGAAACCAGGACGGUGGAUUCAAGACUAAUAACAGCGUUUGGUGAUUUAAUAACCUGUUAUAAGCUCGACUGGUUCUAAACUGUUUGUUCUGUGAGCUGUAUCACUUUCAGAUUUAUAAACCGGGAUGAUCCCUUACUGACAACGUUUCU